UAAAAUAAUCGACAUUUCUCUAAUAUCGUACAUAUAUCAUAACACAGUAACAUAAUAGUAAAAAAAAAAAACAAAAAACAGACAAGUCGUGUAAAUGAGCUGAAGCAGGUGUAAUGUUGUCUCUUUCUUUCUUUGAACAUGUUUGGACAGCUCUCAUCUAUAACUGCAUUAGUUUGCAUAAGCAAGCUCUCACGCCAUGUGUCAGAUGUGUCGUGUUGUCUCUGAUCUCUCAGUGAUGGAUGGUGACAGUGAUCAGAUAAAGGAGCAGCUGAGGCUUCAGUUUCAAGCUCUUCAGGAGCAACAAGUGCAGCGCAUCCAGAGAAGACUGGAGAUGAAGAAGACCGACUCCAACGCUCUGGACAAUAUAAACCUCACAGAAGAGGACGAUGACAUGAUGGACCUGUUCAACACAAGAGUGACGCAGAAUGAAAACGAGCAACUGCAUGAUCAUGUGAGGGAGCUGAGAGAUGAGAACGGCAGACUUCAUAAACUUCUGAGUGAGAAAGACUUUGAGAUAAAACACCUGAAGAAGAAGAGAGAGGAGGAAAGACUGGCUUUAGCAGGUAUUGCUGGUCUGGCAGGAGAUGCAGCAGCAACCAAAAUUGUGGAACUGUCAAAAAAGACUCGAGAAUUAGCCGCUGAAAUAGAACGAGAGAAGACCAAAACUAAACAAGCAAACAAUCGAGUCAAAGAACUGGAGAAAGAGCUUCAGGCCACUCUGUUACUUAAUCCUGGCAAGAAGACAACCAAAAAACAGGAUUCAAGGACUGAGAACGACCAUCUUGAGAACAGUCCCGUAGUAAAAUCCCUGCAAGAGAAACUAUCUACAGCCCAACUCAAAAUGACUGAAUACCGCAACCAGAUCCAGACCUUCAAACAAGAGUUCAAAAUAGCACACAAGGUGUUGAGCUGUGAGGUGGGCGAGGACGUCAAUAUUCAGCAGUUACUGUGUAACCCGGGAGGCUGGAGAGGACGUUCUCAGCAGAUCCUCGCCCUUCAGAAUAGAGUGCGUGACCUGGAACAGCAGCUGAGCCAGUCCUCUCACAGGAAGCAGUUAUGUGACCUCGGCCUGGAGGAGGAGAUCCCAGGAACAGGAGCCCUACUGAAGACCCAAGACAGAAACCUCAGCCACAUCCGUCACAUAGAGAGGGAGAGGAAGGACACACUGGAGAAGCUCACAGUGGACUAUGAAGUUCUGCUUGAAGAGCACUCAGACAUGAAGAAGAAACUGGAGGCCUCUAAAUCCAGGAACAAAGUGUUGAGCACAGAAGUCAAAUCCCUGAAGAGCCAGAUCAGCACUCUGCUGGAUAAAGGCAAACACGACAAUGAGCUGGUCGAUGCCUUACUGAAGCAGCAGUCCAAGUGGCAGGCCAUGCUCGGGCAUCUGAGUCAGAACGGCUCCCAGCGUGAGGAGGCUCAGCAGGGGCUGGAGAGACACCUGCACAGCCAGGCCCAGCAGCACGCCUCGCUCAUCCAGCAGCUCAGAGCCAUGGUGUCAGAGAAGGAGAACAAGGUCAAAGAGCUGGAGCAGGAGAUCCAGCAGCUCGCCCUCAUGCAGAGUAAGAGUCAAACGAACACCAGGCCCUCGAAGUCACGACAUGAGAACAGCAGGGAGUCAAACUCUGCCAGAGAUGCACAGGCAGCCUGUCCCGAGUGUGCUGUUAAAAUCCCAGCGCUCCAGGCUCAGUGUGCGGAGUACAAGGCUCUUUAUCAAGCUGCCAGUGUGGAGAGAGACAGACUGCUGGAGCUGAGCAAAGUACAGCAAACCAGUGAGGAGGAGGCGAAGCGCCAGUGUGCAGAAGCGGAGCAGAAACUCCGACAGGAACGGCAGCGGUCAGUCUUACUGGAGCAGCAGCUGGAGAAAACCAAACUGGACUUAAGGAAAGAAGCGAGUCUGCAAACAUCUAAUAGGAGUAGAACAGGAAGCUCAGGCAGCACUCUGAGUCUCCCUGACAAACAGGAGGGUUCGUCUCCCAGAAGCCCCUCUGAUGUCACCCGUGAUGCUCAACUUGGUGAACUCAAAGCACGUUUGGCACUGCAACUAGAAGAAAAUGAAUCCUUAAGAACCGCUCUGAAGAACGCCUUGAAGGAAAAGAAAGAAGGCAUGCAGUUCUACAAGGACAUGCUGGCCCAAGCAAAGCAGGAGUUCCAGCAGGCGCACAGAAAGCAGGAGCAGGGGACUUAGACUGGACCGAUGAAGGGUCUCUGCUAGCAAACACAGAUCCCUGAGGAACAACACCAGCACUGAGGGGACGCUCGCUCUGUGUGGUGCCAUGCUUGCUGUUGACAACACACACACACACACACACACACACACACUCAUGCACAUACAAAACAGACGACUUGUUCCAUGAGUUGGAUCAGCAUUGUGAAGACAUGAGAUAUGAAUGAGAUAUAAUACAUGCUUCACUCUUUGCUGGAGGAACCGUUGUGGAAAGAAUAGCAUAAUAAUGAGAUCCUGUUUGUUUAUGAACGGUAGGAACAUUUGAAGAAAUGAUCAAGGUAAACCAAGUUUUUUCUCUUUUUGGCUCUCUAAAGUGGAAACAAACUUCCCAGCCUUCUUUUCUGACGCACAUUGCUCAUUAAUAUUUGAUUUGUGUGUCGUGGUGUGAAACCAAAAAUGAAAAGCAAGACCAAAAUAAGCUCGGCAGAAGGUGCACCGUGCCCUGCUCAAGCGAUACGUGUGAUGACUUGACCCCUCGUGUCUCUCCUCUUGUGUACAUUCAGCGUAUCAGCCGGCGCAUUCAUGCUGCCAUACAUGAGUUAUUCUCUUUCCUAUGUGGCCGGAGGGGGUUCGACGCUGCUCCACCACGCUUAAUUUAAACCUGUGGCUGAAGCAGUGUGCUCCUCUUGAAACAGCGCACUAUUUCAUCUUCCCAGAAGCCUGAGGGACACUGGCAAGCCCCAGGCUGUUACGAGUGCAAGCACCACAAGACCAAAAUAUCAUCCAGGAUUGGAAAUGAAGCCUUAUUUACAGUCAAGAAAUAAAAAGAACUUGUGUUUGAAAUCAGAUUGUAGAUAACAGAUGUUCAACAAGCAAAGGUUCAUUUGACACAGCUUCAUUGCAGUCAUGGAGUGGUGCUUUAAAGGGGCAGUUCACCAAAAAAUGAACAUUCUGUCAUAAUUCACCUUGUUAAAAAGAAGUAAAGUAUACUUUAAAGAGUGUACUUAAUAUGGUAAUAAUAUAUUUUAAAAUAAUAUACUUGAGUGCAAUCUGAAUGUAGGGUUUUCAGUUUAUUUGCAUGCUAUUUGUGGUCAAAUUAAAAUUUAUUAUAGUUUACAUUUAUAUUUAUUUUAGUUAGUUGAAAUUAAGAGUGUUUUUGACCUUCGUAAGUAGGAUGUUAUAUUCAUCUUUAUAUGUAAUUGCAUAAUCGUCUUAGAAAUAUGGUUAAUUGUAAUGUCAGAUGUACUGACAAACUAAAAUAUAUUUAAUGUAAUUUCUAAU